AUGUCUUUCUUCAAGAACUCCCGAGUAUAUAUGCUCAGUGCCGUGGCAUACAUGGGGUCUUUCCUGUUCGGCUACGACACUGGGGUUAUGGGAAGCGUGCUCGCGCUUGACAGCUUCAAACACGACUUUCACAUGGCUACCGGCAGUACUGGUUUCGCGAGCAGCAAAGAAGCCGAGAUCUCAUCUAACGUCGUCGCCCUUCUAACAGCAGGCUGUUUCUUCGGCGCCAUCGCAGGCGCCAUCGCGAAUGACCGGUACGGACGUAAGAACUCGCUUCUCGUGCUCUCCGUGAUAUUCAUGAUUGGGGCUGCAGUGCAGACGGGCGGGAGGGGAACUAUUGCAUAUAUCUAUGGCGGCCGCGUUAUAGCGGGCUUCGGCAUCGGCGGCAUGUCGGCCAUCACUCCCAUCUAUGUCUCGGAGAACUGUCCUCCUAACGUGCGCGGUCGUAUCGCCGGUUUGUUCCAGGAGUUCCUUGUGAUUGGUGUGACAGUUUCGUACUGGCUCUGCUAUGGUGUCGAGAAGAAUAUUGCGCCAUCGACGAAGCAGUGGCGGAUUCCAAUUGGUUUCCAGCUUGUGCCAAGUGGGCUGAUGUUCAUCGGCCUGUGGUUCCUGAAGGAGUCGCCCCGCUGGUUGAUGAAGCAGGGUCGCCGCGAGGAGGCAACGGCGUCGCUCGCUUUCACGCGGCGCGCUGAUCCAAACAGCGACGAGGUGCAGCAGGAACUGGCUGAGAUCCGGGCGUCUAUCGAAGAGGAGCUCCGCUCCACCGAGGGCGUCACCUGGCGCGAGGUCCUGCUGCCGGGGAACAGGUUGCGAUUCCUCAAUGCAUUCUUGAUCAUGUUCUGGCAGCAGUUCUCCGGCACGAACAGUAUCGGGUACUACGCGCCGCAGCUGUUCCAGACUAUCGGAGUGGCUUCCACCGACACCAGUCUUUUCACCACGGGUAUCUAUGGAGUCGUCAAGGUCGUUUCCACAGGUCUUUUCCUUCUUAUCGGAAUUGACCGGUUCGGUCGUAAGUGGUCUUUGGUCGGUGGAGGUUGGGCCAUGGCCGUCUUUAUGUUCAUUCUGGGUGCAGUCCUGGUUUCAUACCCCCCUGUGAACACUGACACAAUCUCCAAUGCAAGCAUUGCAAUGAUCGUAAUGAUCUACCUUUACGUUAUCAGCUACUCCGCCUCCUGGGGUCCCAUCCCGUGGGUAUACAUUUCGGAAAUCUUCCCAACGCGCCUGCGGGCCUAUGGUGUCGGCAUGGGCUCGGCCACCCAGUGGCUGUUCAACUUUGUUGUAACAAAGUUCACCCCCUCUGCCAUUAGCAACAUUGGCUGGCGCACGUUCAUUAUGUUUGGUGUCUUCUGCUUUGCUAUGGGCUUGUGGGUGUGCAUCUUUAUCAAAGAGACCAAGGGAAAGAGGCUUGAGGAUAUGGACGACAUCUUUGGGGGAAAGACCGUCGAGCAGAUGCAGAAAGAUAUCGAGCAGGCAGAUGUUGAGGAGCAGACAGAGGUGGAAAAGACCCAGACAAGACAUGAAGAGCAGGUGGUUCGUUAA